GGAUCGACAAUUAUCUUUUUUUUUUCCAGAAUGAUCCACGAGAAAGGUUUUGCAGACAAGGAAAAAGCCGUGUAUCGCGAGGUUGUCCGGCAGAAUGUGGCCAGCGCAGUAAUGGGAGUACUGACCGAAAUGGAAGAAAAUGGUGUGGAAUUUGGGACAGAAGAGUUGAGGGUAAGAUAUUCUUCUCAACUGU